AAGCUAAACAGCUUCUUCAUUUUGUCUCUUCCUCGCUACGUUCAAAAAUGCUGACCAGGGGUGCCUUUAUCGUCGCCGUCUGCCUCGCCUUUGUGGCAGCAGAACAAGUCCAAUUUCAAUAUUGUUCAACCAGGGGUCAGGAACAAUGUGAAAUCAGCGAUGUGCACAUUGACCCUUGUGCAGAAGCUGAAAAAAAUGAGCCGUGCAAACUCAAGCUUGGCAAGUCAGCGGGUAUUUCAUUCAAGUACAAGGCGAACUGGGAUCAGGGCGAAAACGACCUGAAGACUCGUGCUUACUGGGCUUCCGUUCUUGACAUUCCAUUCUUAGGGAUGAAGACCGAUGGGUGUAGCAUGACCAGCUGCCCGGUCAAAAAGGACCAGCUCGGACAGUACAACUUUACGCUCGACAUCUCUGACAAGUUCCUCCCUAAACGGUACAACGUCAAGUUCAAGCUGUGGGAAGACAAUGUUGAGGAUCAUGCUUGCUGCCUUUUGGUCAAGUUGAAAUUGGUUUAAGGAAAUGUGAAUUUUUAUGUUUUAUUUAAAAAUUAUGUUUCACAAAAUUGAUUUUUGUAAUGAAAUAUACGACAAAAUGAUUUUUUAUAAUAAAAU